AUGAACUCGAUUAAGGGUCAAGGGUCAAGGUCAACUUUAUUUAGGCAGGGUGGCCCAAUCAGCACUUGGCUGGUAUCAAAAGGGGCCCUGCUGCAUGUCGUUCCUUUUCCUCGUGUUGUAUUUUCUUUUUUCUUCAAGGCUUUGAUAACCGACAUUGUUGGUCAAAUAAGUUCAGCCGAUGACUUAACAAACUUGGCAAACAAGAUAUUCCAAGAACAAGACUCGAAUCUAAACGAACAAAUUACGAAAGACCUGAAAGUCAUGACGACUCGUUGGAAUUCACUUUGUGAAAGCGUCAUCAACAACAGUAACAGUCUGGAAAAAUUGGGCCUGGAAGUGGAUCGGGAAUACAAGAAUCUGAAUAAAUGGUAUGAGAAAGCUGACACUUUCAAUACCUGGAUUUAUUUUAAUGAAAAGACCAUAGAUGAAGAAAGCUCUGGAAGCAGCACCACUAACAUUCCUGUUGUCAAGGAACAGAUGGAAAAAAAUCAGGAUCUCAUCAAGAAAGUUCAAAGCCAGAAACCGAAUUUGGAAGAAAUUAAUCGUGAAGCAGACAAGCUUUUGGAAAGCGGUCGCCUGGAUCAGGGAGAUGUGGAAAGGGUGGAGCGAUACAAGCAGGCCCUGGGUACCAGAUACACAGCAAUUGGUGACAGGCUGCUAGGAAUUAAAAACAAGUUAUCCAGCAGCUUGCAUCAGCUACAAAGGAAACCUGACGAAAAAUCCAAGAAAGAAAAAAGCAUCGUGGAAGUCUCAGUUCAAUCAACCUAUAAGCCACCACCCAAGGUGAUUACACCAUUUCACAAGGAGGAUGAAACUGAAAGCAACGAACAGAAAAUAAACGACUCAAUGGGAGGAGUUAAGAAGAUUAUUGCACAAUCAGGAAAACGGGGAGCUAGGAGUGAACAAGAAAAAGAAAGGUUAAUGCACAGUCUAGUGAGGCUAAGAGCAUAAAUCGUACUAUAAUAGAGAAAAACUUCAUUUGUUUACAGUAAGAGUAAAGGAGAAAAAAUUUUGGAGCCUGGAAGGUUAUUUAGCUAAAUUCAUUUUAUCCAAAUUUUACCCAGGGUAUCGUCUUGGCAUGUUCACAAAAUACUCCUUCAAAAGCAGUUAUUUUUCCCCUGAUAGACUCCUAAUCCACUGGUUGGUUGAUUGAUUAACUGAUUUGAAUAUUGUUUUAUAAUUUCAACAGAUAAAAUCAUUUCUAAAAGCACCAUCUCU